GGCCGAGUUUUGUUCGUUCGCUCUUUCCGGCCCGGUUAUGGCAGCUGUGCGCAGGAAGCAGAGGGCCUUGAUUUAGGGUGAAUGAGCGUUAGCUUUACGAUCCGCUGUAUGCUUUAGAAAAGCUUCGUGCUUUUUGUCAGAGUUUUUUUGCCUUGAGCAACAUCUCUCUGUUCAGGAAAGAUGGCUACGACGGCGCAAUUAUUUGAGGAACCGUUUGAUGCAGAUGAGUACAUUGAGCGACUGGCUUGGAGAACUCCAGGGGGUGGUUCAAAAGGAGGAGCAGAAGCAUUUGACCCUAAAAAGUUGCUAGAAGAGUUUGUUAACCACAUAGAAGAACUGAAACUGCUGGACGAGAGGAUCCAGAGGAAAGUUGAGAAGCUUGAACAGCAGUGCCAUCGGGAAGCCAAAGAGUUUGCACAUAAAGUCCAGGAGCUGCAAAGGAGCAACCAGGUUGCCUUUCAGCAUUUCCAAGAGCUGGAUGACCACAUCAGCUACGUGGCCACUAAGGUGUGUCACCUGGGAGACCAGCUGGAGGGUGUGAACACUCCAAGGCAGCGGGCUGUGGAGGCCCAGAGACUUAUGACUUACUUCAAUGAAUUCCUGGAUGGGGAGUUGCGCAGUGAUGUCUUUAACAACCCUGAGAAGAUAAAGGAAGCUGCUGACAUCAUUCAGAAAUUGCACUUGAUUGCUCAGGAGUUGCCUUUUGACAGAUUUGCUGAUGUGAAGGCCAAGAUAGCAAGUAAAUACCAUGACUUGGAGCGGCAGCUGAUCCAGGAGUUCACAGCUGCUCAGCGCAGAGGGGAAAUAGGCCGCAUGAGAGAAGUGGCUGCAGUCCUGCUACAUUUCAAGGGCUAUGCCCAUUGUAUAGAUGUCUACAUCAAGCAGUGCCAAGAGGGUGCAUACUUGCAGAGCGAUGUGUUUGAUGACACUGCUCUUCUCUGUCAGCGGGUCAAUAAGCAAGUGGGCGAGGUCUUCUGUAGCCCAGAAAUGGUCAUGGCCAAACUCAUCCAAAACAUCUUUGAGAACAAGUUACAGACACAUGUAAAAGAAGGACUUGAGACUCGUUCCAGUGAAUUGGAGCAAUACCUCAAAAACCUCUAUGACCUCUACACCAGGACCACAGCUUUGGCUGCUAAACUAACGGAGUUUAACUUGGGUUCGGACAAACACACCUUCCUAUCCAAGCUGAUUAAGAGCAUCUUUUCCUCCUACCUGGAUAGCUACAUAGACAUGGAGCGGCAGUAUCUGCAGUCUCGUAGCGCUUCAAUUCUGCAACGAUACUACGACUCGAAGAACCACCAAAAACGUCCUGUAGGCACAGGAAGUAUCCAGGAGCUGAAAGAGCGGAUCAGGCAGCGCACUAAUCUGCCUUUGGGUCCCAGUAUUGACACGCAUGGAGAAACCUUUCUCUCACAGGAGGUUGUGGUCAAUCUGCUGCAGGAGACACGUCACGCCUUCCAGAGAUGCAACAAGCUGUCUGACCCAGCUGAUCUCCCUAAAAAUGCCUACUCUAUCUUCCUGCUGCUUGUAGAGCACCUUUGUGUGGACCAUAUUGACUAUGCUUUGGAGAUUGGCCUUUCAGCUAUUCCUUCUGCAGAUGCCAAAAACGCCAACCUCUAUUUCUUGGAUGUGGUGCAGCAGGCUAACACUAUUUUUCAUCUCUUUGAUAAGCAGUUUAAUGAUCAUCUCAUGCCUCUUAUUAGUGCUUCACCUAAGCUUACGGAGUGUUUGCAAAAGAAAAAGGAGGUGAUUGAUCAGAUGGAAGUGAAACUAGACACUGGCAUUGACCGAACACUGAACUGCAUGAUCGGCCAGAUGAAACACAUUCUGGCCACUGAGCAAAAGAAAACCGACUUCAGGCCAGAAGAUGAGAACAAUGCAAUGACUGCACUACAGUACACUACAGCAUGCUCUAAGGUAUGUGCCUACGUGAGUAAGCAGGUGGAGUGUGUACGGAGGUCUAUGGAUGGAAAAAAUGUGGACACGGUGCUGGCUGAGCUGGGUGUGCGCUUUCACAGGCUCAUCCAUGAGCACCUGCAACAGUUCAGCUACACGUCCAUGGGAGGCAUGCUGGCCAUCUGCGAUGUGGCAGAGUACCGCCGCUGCGCCAAAGACUUCCGGGUUCCUCUGGUCCUGCAGCUCUUUGACACGUUGCACGCUCUCUGUAACCUUCUGGUUGUUGUUCCUGACAAUCUGAAGCAGGUUUGCUCUGGAGAUCAGCUAACAAACCUGGACAAGAAUCUCCUGCAUGCCUUUGUGCAGCUCAGAGCGGACUAUCGCUCAGCUAGACUGGGCCGCCAUUUUAGCUAAUUAAUGGUAAGACUAUACCCAGUACACAGCUGUCCAAUCAGAACAGCACUCUCGGGUCAGUCAGAGUGGCUUUCGGACUUUUUUUUACUUUUUUUUUUUUUAUUAUUAUUUACUUUUUUUUUUUUUUUUUUUAAAUACAUUUAAUUAUAAUGACACAACAGCUCAUGGACAUGUGUGGCCCAAUGCAUACUGAGAAAAGAAUAUUUAUGCAUCUGCCCAUUUGUAUUUUCAAGUUUUAUUUGCCUUAUCCCUUUCUGUGCUCUACUUUUAGCCAGUAAACUACAUGUAUGAAUGUAUGGCAUUUCAUUGAUGUGAAAUGUAUUCUUCUCUUCACCGUGUUUUUGCAUUAAUGCUAUAAUGCACACAACACUGUAAAAUGAACAGCAUAAAGAGGGUUUGGUUUGUUUGUUUUUCUGUUUUUGAAGCUGAGGGGUUAGAUGAAUUUGGUUCAUAGCUGGAAACACAAAUUAAAUAGUUUAUUGUACCAAAUAUAUGUGGCUCUGCUGGCACUGGAGACACUUCAGCAGGUUGCAUCAUGCGCUUCCUAAUGAGCAACAGCUAAUCAGUCUUUACCCCCCCCCCCCCCCCCCCCCCCCCCCACAUAAGGGUACAUAGUUGUUUGGUGUAAAUUCUGUACUUGGUGUUCAUUACAGAAUUUAUAUAAAUCAUCUCGCAGGACUAAGUAACAAAAAUUGAACAUUACCCAGGUCACUUCUGAUAACAUAGGAUGUGAAUAAAUGCUUUGAAUUGCUAAACAAGUGGCAGUAAUUCUAUCAGAAAUCAGCAUAGCUCUCUGCUCAGUUACUUUUAUUCAGAAAACACAUCGCAUAUUAGUUAAAGGCACAUUCCUGUGAAUCUUUAUUAUUAUUAUUAUUGUAAUGGGAAUUUAAAAAAAUUGACAGUUAUUUUCUCCUUAUGAUGCUAGCAGUGGAGGUUCACGUAAGAGUAACUAACUGAGAUUUUUUUAAAAAUGCCAAAUAUCUCCAUUUCUGAGAAGACAAGAUACAAGUUUAGCAAGCAAGUCUUCUGUGUGUAUUAAAGUAUUUCUGACAGGUUGUGUUUGAAAUCGCAUACUGUGACCAUACCUUUCUGCAUUCCAUUCACUACCUACUGCUCAGCCAUUGAUACAGUAUGUACUGACGUUGAUGCUUACUGAGUGUGUAGCAUGAAUAUAAUCCGGAUGUACUACAGCCGCCAUGUUGGUAUUGUCAUGUGACCGACAUCUUACUAAGAGCCGACAUGCUUGCCAUUUUUUAUUAUGACUGCUCUUCUGAGCCGGUCCCAUUGCCUUAUGGGAUAGCGAAGUGUGCGUUGGUUCCAUACUGCAGAAUCCCGGCGGAAGCAGUACGACAUUCGGGUAUUUCUUGCCUACACACAAUAGGACAUACUACUCCUUUGGUAUACUGUUUUUCAACUACUGUAUAAUAGGGUAGUAGGGAUAUUUGGAUGCUUCCAUGCACAUAGUGGCAUAUAUUUGCAUUUGUAAUCUACCACAGUGUAUAUUCCUUCUUAAAACAGUCAUUUUUUUAGACUUUCAUUGUAUGGACGACAUACAAGUGCAGAAAUGUUGAGUCUAAAUAAUUGUGUUAACCACCAGCUUGCUCAGAAAUGUAACAAAACAACAUUUUGAUCCAAAACACUAAUGCUAGGACAUCUUAAUGUACUCGCAUACAAUCUUUAAUAUUCAUGGAAUAACUCGCUCACUGAGCACACAAGUUAAGAAUUAAUUGGUUAAAAUUGUGACUUGAGGGCACUGAAUGUGCAAGUUUCUCUAAAAACUGUUGGCUGAGUCUGAUUAAAGGGGUUAAGUGUCCCCUUUCAGCUCCAGUCAACACCACUGAGUGAUAAUUCUGACACAGUGUCAUAUGACCCAACCUGAACUUAACCCUAAGGAUCUAUGGAGAAGGAAGGGGGAUGUCCGACAUCUUGCUUGUGCCUGGCUUUGGUGUUACUUUUUUCUUUUCUUACAUUUUCUCAUUGUUGAUCUCCUGCUUUUGCACAGGCACACAUACAGGUCAGCUGAUAUUGAACUGCCUUGAUAUGAUUAACGAAUCUACAAAAUAAUACAGCAAGUUGUCACAUUGUCAAUCUCACUUUUUCUCACUAAUAAUAACAUGCAAAUCUAAUUCAAUAAAAUAUGAAAUUAA